AUGACGGGCUACACACAUGAGCAGCACGUCGAAGCAACCGAGCGCGCGUUGCAAGGAGAGCGACAAACAGAUCUCAGUCGCAUCUACAAUGUGCCAUACCGUACGCUAAAGCUCUACAUCAAGAAGAUGAGAGACACCGGCAGCAUCGUUAAUUGCAAUGACCGAGCCAUGUCCAACCACCUCGUACGAUGCGUCAAGAGAGGAAACCACUUGCAUGACCACAUUGAUCACCAGGAGGGCCUCGCAGCCUCCCACCACACGUCGUCCGCAUCGCUGGCGGCGGCGUGCGUGGAGCCCAUUCAUCAGCCUCCGCCUCGACUCAAAAGACGAAGCGUUGGGUUCCAAGCGUGCAUUAGCUUUCGUUCCACGACAGGUGCCCCCGUCAAGGCGUCCAGAGGGUCCUUGCGGGUAGGAGAAGGUCCAGCGUCUCGUUUUCGGGUGCUGCCAGGUCCGUGGUCGAGUUGUUCGUCGAGUGCGGAGGCGCUGACCCGGCACGAUCGCGUGGCGUUGCAGCUCGUGUCGACCGACCCCGAGGACGCCGACGCUUUCCUCGCGUCUGCCCCCGCGCCACUCCAUGGACGCGAUGCGAAGAUCGUAACUUUGACCGGGGCGGCGUGGGACGACGAGAAAAGAGAUGAGUUUGCACCAACGGCCCAUCUGUUUGCCGCGUUUGCGUGGGAGCUGCACCCAGUCCGGACAGACGAGCGGCUGCUGUGCGAUGGCACGCGAUUGCAACUCGUACAAGAGCACGGACAAGACGUGUUUGAGGUGGUGGCGUCCGUAGGCCCCCAGGACUUGACGAUGCGUCGCCGGAUUCCGUCGAAAACAAUGCACGGCACCAAGAAGUCCCCGACCACAGGAGGAUUGACGGUGGUGUUGAAACUGCAUGACACGGAUCAGAACAAGUCAAACAAUCGACAACAAGGACCGACACGACUGCCGCCAGAGAAGCGCAAGCCGUGGCUCGUGGAAGCAUUGGCGAAUCUGAAAGACCAAGUGGCGAACAAUGAACAGGCCAAGCAAGCGUUCCAUCGAGACAUGCAAAAGAACAUGGCGGCGUACGCGGCGUCGCAUUCCCUUGACACGGCGCGCGAGGAGGCGGCGUCCGAAGACUACUACGGCCGCAAACUCAAGACAAAACCCAAGGUCAAGCUCCGGUCGAAAUCCGUCUUGGCGUUUGUGCAGACUUUUCACCGCAUCAAACAGCACCACAGUCGACGGGACGGGUCGCCACCGCCGGAACUGACAGACAGAGACAGGCUGCGACUCAUGCAGUGCUACAACCCCCAAGUGUAUGGCAGAGUGGGAAACCCCGCCGUGCUGUCCAAGUCGUCGAGGUCGAUGAAAACGCUGGUGGAUGGCAUGGAAAGGAUCGGAGAAGCCCCGCCCACGCCAUUGCUAGCGUCGUCAUCCGCGUCCACGGUCAAGCCAAGAGCAGCAGCACCUACAACGCAAGGAAACAAGUCCACAGCAGCGCCAGAGUACUUCCCACAACCACGUCCAUAA